UAGGUUCAAGCCAUGAACCUUUCAGCAGACCAGAGAUGCAUUGCUCCAAGCGCGAGGGAACAGCAAAUCCGUCCGAUUAGAAUUCAAAACAGCACAGGAGACAGACCAGUAGAAGGUUAAGACUUCGAGUGACAUGUCAUCUCCCGGGUUGUUGCUUCUCUCUUAUUCUCUCUAUACUCUCCCUCGUCGUUUCCUUUCAAGCCGCGCAUCUGCUCUGCUUCCGUAUAUCACCCCCCUGACUGGACACCAGACAGAUCGAGGAAUCAGGGGCAUCUGCUGUACUCCGCACAUUGCGCUGCAAAUCAAACCCCUCGAGAGGCGAACCGAAACACAUGAGCAGUCAAAAGCACGUAUGGGAAAUGAGGUCGUGAAAGACCGAGCACGAGUGAGUAAAAAGUAAAACGACAAAAGGAAUACCUUACUCUAAGAAAGUAGGUCUCUUCCACCACCGCUGUAUAUG